GUCGCUCGUUCUGUCACCAUGGCAACGGCGACGCACCAAGACAACUUGCUGUUUUCGUGGCGGGUGGCGAGAGCUGAGAACAGUUUACAUAUUACUGCAAACAGCAGAUGUAGACAUGGAGAACCCUGAGGUUGAAAUCAAAGCACGCAAUCCAGUGCCAGUGCAGAUCACAGUGCUGAGAGGCAGGAACUUGUGUAUUCUAUUGCAGAAAGGAAGUAAGAUAGAUAGUCCAAUGUCAUAUAUCCGUGCUGAUUUUAAUAACAUCCAUCUUGGAGACUCGGGGAAAUUUCACAUAGCUGAAGGUGAAAUAGAGUACAAUUUCACAACAAACUUUGAUUGCUCAUUUGAUGGAAUUCAAGGAUUGGACAACCUGGUGCAUAAACCUGUAAUUUUAACAGUUAUUGAAGUUUUCCCUAAGGAAAAGAAAAAAAAAGAUGAGAAGACUGUUGUAUUUGGCCAAGCUACGGUGGACUUACUGCCUCUGGUUCAAGGGGAAUGUAUGUUUUCAAAGACUGUUGCAAUCCACCCUCUAGGCGGAGCUCCUUUAGAACAAACUGCAUCAGAUGAAAUUAAGGUUUUACUGGAAGUUACUGUGUCUGUCCCAGAGCCUUUGCUUUCUGAAGCUCAAUUAGAAGCAUCUAAUUUGCUGAGGAUCACUGCAGAGUCUGCCUAUUCAGUUCCUGAGAGCUGGAAUCCCACAGGACCACAAUUUAAUUAUACAGUUGCACCAUUUCUUCCAGGAGCUCCUCAGAAGGUGAUUUUUUCUAAUGGGAUUUUGAAAGCUGCAGGGGAAAAGGAGAUCAGUGUAAGACCAAAGAGAUGGCCAAUAAGCAACAUUGUUGCAUUUGGGGCUCAGAAUAUUCCAGAUUCCUUCAUUGAGGUUUCUCCAUAUGAAGAUGAAGAUGGGGAACUAAACAGCAAAGAGGACUGGGCAUUUAGAACAGAGGCAGAAAAUUUGAAGAAGCGUGUCACAUGGAACAUUGAGCGACGCUGCUUUAUGGAGCCUGAGGCUUUGUCGAGUUUACAGAAGCAUAUAGCAGACACAGCUUACUUACCUGUGGAGGUCAAGCGUGUGCCAUUAACUGCUCCGACUAAAGGAGGGAAAGGCAGUAAAAUAGAUAAGGCUGAGGAUGAGGGUCCUAUUUCCUUUCAUGGAAUAGCAUAUAUAAAUAUGGCACCUUUACUGUAUCCAGGUGUGAGGCGGAUUCGAGGAGCAUAUCCAAUAGUUGCUUAUAAUGAGGCUGAAAUAUUUGAAAAGACAAAACGUAAAAAGAGUUUCUCACAGGAGACACCUGGAGGGAAGGGACAUCCUCAACAUCAUAAAAUGUCUAUUAGUAAACCCAAGGAUGAAAGGACAAUAAGGGAAACCGGGAGGAAGAGCUCAGUGAAUGUGAAGUCAUUUAUCACAGAACAUGGAUUUGAACAUGAAGCUUCAAACUCACUUAACGUGGAAGGAGAUCAAUAUGCAGAGACAAGGACCUAUAUUGUUCUAGAGUUUAGUCUAACUAAACCUCUGGUCCAGAAGCGACUUCGAGAGGAUUUGGCUCAAAGGAUUGCAGAGAUGAUACCUCCUCGGCCAUUGUUCCCUCGUAGGACAAGUGGAGCAGAGAAGGCUGUCACAGACUACCAUAAUCAGAUAAUCAAUGUAGCCAGGGUCAUUAUGGAUGAAUACCAGGAAAUGUUUGGGCAGAAGCUACUUGAAGGCAAACUCUCAAAUGAAUUCCAGGAUCAAGAGGAGCGUAAACAAAAGCUUAUAUUUGAGCUGAACAACUCAGGAAAGUAUUUUGCUUUCAAGGAACAGCUAAAGCAUGCAGUUGUGAAAAUUGUGCGAGAAAAAUACUUACGGACAGUGGCGUUUGAGGAUAGAGAACAGCUUCAGACAUUCCUUAAUGAGUUGUAUAUUUAUUUGGUUGAUCAGAUGCACUGUUGUCUGCACAAGAUGUUGCAUGUGGAUCCUCCAGACCCUAUUCCAGAAUCAUUUCUUGGUUCUGCUCAAUUAAAACACUUCGCUAAAGAAGCUGAAGCGGGCAAAAACUUUGAACUUGCAAAAAAAUACCAUUUAGAGCGAUUGGCACGUGACAAGUCAAAUCCUGACCACUGGUUUGACUAUGGUACUUUCUACCUCUUGUUAAAUGACUAUGUCAGAGCAGAAGAAUGUUUCCGUGAGGCUAUUGCAGUAGAUCAAGAGCACAUAAAUAGCCUUAUCCUGUGUGGUACCCUAGCAUGCAUGAAUGAAUACUAUAAAGAAGCAGAUAAUUUCUUUGAGAGUGCCAGAUGCUUUGAACCAAAUAGCAUAUUAGCUUGGACAAUGCAUGGAUUGUUUUAUGAAAGUCAGGAUCAGACAAUUCUAGCAGAAAUGGCUUUUUCAGAGGCAAAAAAACUUCAACUGGCAACUGAAACACUGAAAAAGUCUCUGGAUGAAGUGACUGUUGAUAAAGCAAAAAUAACCAAAGUUCCAGAAACUGAACCUAAGGAAGAUAAAAAAGAUCCACAAAUUGCCUCAGUUCAAAGUGAACCUGUAAUUUCUGAUAGCAUUAGUGCACAAUCCAUUGCAACCCCUGAAGCGAUAGCUACCAUCGAAAUUCCAAAAUCUGAUUCUUCAACCAGCCAAAAAAGAAAGUCUAUUGAUGAAGAAUCGAAACAAAGCACUGAUCCCAUUGACAGUCCCUUGAUAACAAAGCAACAAGAACCUGUACCCACUCUAGUGAUUAAACAACCACCAAAAGGGACUAUUUCUCAAUUUACAAGAAGUAUUUACAUGCAGACAGCAAUGUUUCUGUUAGAGGUUAAUGCAUUGCAGUUUGUAUCAAGAGCUUUGGCACAUGAGCUGAUUUGCAGUGAAAGUGGGUUAAGCUGUGAAUAUCAAGUGGUUCUUGCUCGACUUCAUAUGCAGCAGGGGGAAUUUGGAAAAGCAGAAGAAUGUCUUGCAGAAGCAGAACGUAUCAAUCAUCAGAAUCCAGACCUAUGGGCUUUAUUAGGCCAUUUAAGCUACAUGAAGGAAGACUAUGCCAAGGCUAAAGAAUUUUAUGCACGCACGGUGUCUUAUGUAAAUGAUGCAUUUGACAUGCAUGCCAUCUGCUUGAGACUAGGAUCCAUGUAUCUGCUGGAAAACGAGAUAGAGUCGUAUAAAUCAGCAAAAUCUGUCUAUCUCUUUGCCUCUCAGAGAGCACCAUCCUGCUUGACGUGGCUAGGAGUUGGCAUUGCCUGCUAUAGGCUUAACGAAUUCACAGAUGCUGAAGAUGCUCUCUCUGAAGCAAAUAUCCUGUGUAACUCUAAUGCAGAAGUCUGGGGCUAUCUCACAUUAGUAUGCCUAAAGACAGGGAGAAAAUUUGAAGCAGAGCAGACCUAUAAAUAUGCAUCAAAGUUAAAUCUUGAAGAUAAACGGCUUCUUGAUGAGAUUCAUCAACUACAGCAAACAGUUGGCUUUGGAAACCCUUCACUUUGAAUCCAUGGAAUCUUCAGACCUGCAUUAACCCAGCACUAUUUGAUAGUCAAUUAUUUUUCUUGUACCAAUUACCUUUAUAAUACAAAUUAAAGUUAUGAUUUUAGUUAAUAAAUAGCCUGUCUUGCAUAAGUAUACAUGUACUUUAGUGUAUUCUCAAAAAUGAAUGAACAUGUGAAGGGUAUAAACACUGAAUAAAGCAGAUUUUGAAAAUUUGAUGUGUCUUCUGCUACUUAUGUUGGUCUUGGUAAAUCUCAUUGUCUUUAAUUUUUUUUCUGUCAUUCUGUAUGCAUUUUGUAGAUUGGUAUGUAAAUGUUGUUAUAUGAAUUUCACUGCACUUCUUAGUCAAUAUUCCAGAGUUGGACUGCUAGAUUGUAAUAACCAUAACUCAGUCAUAAAUUUCACCAUCAACAAAAUUAUUUUUCUUCCUUACAACAUUUAUUUAUAUAUAUUUUGAAGAUGGUGACUCAAUGUGUAAUGCAAUGCACUUGGAGCAUCAAUCACUGAGUAUGGGAGAUGGAUUCUUGCUUUUCCACUAAAAUCACAGACUUACUAAUCUUAGCUACUUGGGGCAAAAGGCCUAAUAUCUCUUUGAGAUUAAGGUAUAUCAGAUAAUAAUAAUAUAUCUAUAAGCUUUUUCUCAGUAAAUCUUUAAGGUUGGUUUCAUGAAUAUUAGUGGAAGUAAGAUGUAUCCAUUGGAUACAUCAAACAGAAAAAGCAUCUUAAAUGAAAAAAAGUUUGGAAUCCUAUUGCCAUAAUGCUAUAACAUGGUGAAUUCAUAGGUGCUAUUGGUGUGUUUGCUCCAUAUUAAUUUUGAUGUUAAAUAAUAUUUACCCACUAUUUUACCUCCACGUCGUUGCAUUUUCCUGAAGGAUCUCAGCUCGAAACAUUGACUGUCCAUUCACUUCCAUAGAAGUUCCUGACCUGCUGAGAUCCUCCAGCAUUUUGUGUGUGUUGCUUUGAAUUUCCAGCAUCUGCAGAAUUUCUCAUGUUUAUAAUUUGUUCCUGCCUUGGUCAUUUUCUACUGUAACCCUCAUUCUUGCCUUGUUAACACUUGAUCACUUGUUCAAUAAACCAAUAAACUCUUGACUAGUUUUCUUCUUUCCUACUGUCCACCUCCCUCAGAUGCUCACAGACUCACAUUACCCCCAGCUAAACCAUGCUUCAACUGUAAAAUUCUAGUCUAUGUAUGUAAAACCUCAGUAAUCUCACCCAACCCUGUUUUUUACAAUCUUCAUUUGUACACCUUCUGUUAUAUACUUGACUUCGUCCAAUUCUGAUCAUAAUUGUCCACUAUUUGUACGUUCAACUGACAAGGUAUUAAAUGUGGAAUUCCAUUCUUUUCUUUCUCUGCCUUGCCUUUUUUAAAGCACUUCAGUCUGUCCCUUUUGCUUUCUUUGACUUUGAACUAGAUUUUGCCAUAUUACGUUUCAGUGCAAUACCUUUAAACCUUUCACAAUGUUAAAGGCUAUUUGUGAAAUGAAUUUUCAACUUUUGAUUUGAUGUUUGGACUUUUUGUCAUAGCAGCUGAAAUCCUACCAUGUACACACCAGGAGUUAAUAUCCAAACUCUUCUAUGAUAAGCACUG